AGGAAGAGAGGGCUGCCAGCCAACGCAGCAAGAGGGGCUCCCCCAAAUCCCGCAGAGUCAGCGAAUGUGACCCCAGUGCUGAGAGAGGCCCAGGGGGGUCCAACGUGGAUGCUGUGGAGGCAACAGACAUCCUCCUUAUCAACGGAUGACGUAAUUGGUUGUCAGUUUGCCGGUGUCUCGGAAGUUGUAAUGGUGGACAAUGAAAUGCCAUGGCUUUGUGUAAUAGUCAGGCUUCAUACACCUUCCGGCUUCUAUACAGUUUUUGAUCCAUUUUUUAGGCAUUUUGCCAAGGCACCCCUGAAGAAGCCACAGGCACCCCUGAAGAAGCCACAGGCACCCCUGAAGAAGCCACAGGGAGGAGGAGGUCCCUUCUUGGUAAGAAGAAGUUGAGUCCCGAUAAAGCAGAGAAGACAAGCGCCUUUGGAGUCGGUUCAGCCGAGAUGAAGGAUUCCUCAGACGCUCUCAAUGAAGAUGAUACCAAGACUCUGGCUUCCCCGGUCCUGUCUCUAGAACAAACGGCUGUCAUUCAAGAAAUGGUAAAUCAAAAUGUCCUUCCAGAGAAUAUCUCCAUCUCGGCUCUGGAACUGCUGACAUUGCCGGACAACCAAGGUGUGGAAGAUGCCACGGCUGAUUUGGAGCUUGCUGAUGACCUGCGAAGGGAUGGAUCUGAGCGAGAUUCUAUUAAUCAGGAAGAAGAGAGUGCAGAGUUGCUGGAUGACCUCCGAAGUACAUCUGAUGAGACUCCGGAAGGUUCUCCAAAGAAGAAGCCCCUUAAAGCCUCUAAACCCAAAGGAGAUGUCAAUGGGGAGCCGUCUGAGGGAUUUAUGUUUCCAUGUCAGCAUUGUGAAAGGAAAUUUACCACAAAACAAGGGCUAGAGAGGCACAUGCACAUACAUAUUUCCACCAUCAACCAUGCGUUUAAAUGUCGAUAUUGCGGAAAGGCAUUUGGAACCCAAAUUAACCGCAGACGGCACGAGAGACGCCACGAGGCUGGCCCUAAAAGGAAAACACUAAUGGUGUCCUCUUCUGGUGAACUUGGACAGUCUCACAAACAUAUUAUAGACUCUCUGAAGUCCAGUGAGGAGUACAGCAGCUCCAGACUUCAAUGUAAAAUGACCGAUUCUGACAGAGAGACCUCCCAUUCUGUCCUCUCUGAGGAGAAUGGAGAGUCCAGCCGAGAGCUUCACCCAUGCAAGUACUGUAAGAAAGUGUUUGGGACUCACACAAACGUGAGGAGACACCAGCGUAGAGUCCAUGAACGGCAUCUUAUCCCGAAGGGAGUGAGGCGAAAAGGACAUCUUCUGGAAGAUCCGCUCUUCCAGGCAGAGCAGUCUCCACAAGUGGAAAACAUUUAUGUAGCGAGUACAGAAGUAGAAGAUGAAGGAGAAGCAGAUGACGUCUAUAUCAUGGACAUUACCAACAACAUCUCUGAGAACCUCACCUACUACAUUGACGGCAAGAUCCCAUCUAGCAGCACAGGUACCAGUUGUGAUGUCAUAGAAGUGGAGGCAAGCACCACUGAGGUCUUAGGAAUCAAUUGCUUGCUUACUCCCAUCAAGGUUGAAGUUUCACAAAACUUAAGGCCGCUGCAGACUGCAACCGAUAACCCAAAUCUAGCAAGUGACUCUUCCUGUAGUGCAAUUUUAGAACCAAAAAAGAGGAGAACUGUCAGCCCUCCUUUACUGUCAAAAAUCAAAACUGAAGUCGACCUUGAAGCCGUCACUCCUUCCUGCUCCUUGUCAAUCCCAUUAAGUGUUUCUGUUGGUGAGAAUUUGCCCUUCCAAAAAGAGAAAAAUUUCUAUUUGUCUUCAAAACUUAAGCAGCUGCUGCAGACACAGGAAAGUAGCAAAUCACCUGUGAGUCCUUCAUUGUUAUCAGAGAUCCCAAAGCUGAGCCCGGCUGUAUCUUCCAUUCCAACGGGACCCAACCGCUUCAAAAGACGCACCGCUUCCCCUCCGAGCUCCCCACAACACAGCCCAGCUCUAAAUGAAUUUGUCAAACAAGAAGGAAAAACCUCUUUCAGUGAAGGACUUGGUCCAAAAAUACCAAAGUUGGAAAGUCACAACAGUUCACCUGCAUGGAGUUUGUCUGGUAAAGAUGAAAGGGAGAGCCUAAGUCCUUGUUGCGAGGAUCUAAAGGUCAAUAAAGAGUGGACUUCCAAUAUAUCCUUUGGUAAUGUUUGCAACCAGCAACCAUUAGACUUGUCCAGUGGAGUCAAACAGAAAUGUGAAGGCAAGGGCCACUCCCAGGUUCCUUGGGAAUCUGUACUUGACCUCAGCAUAGGCAGGAAGCCUGUCUGUGAUGCUGAAGGAAAGGAGUACAAAGGGAGUAACUUGUGCAUUGGAGUAAAAAAGAAGAAGCCUACCACAUGCAUGUUAAAGAAGGUUCUAUUGAAUGAAUAUGAUGGUUUAGAGGUUCCGGGUGAAGAAGCUUCACCACCAGAUGCACUUUUGCUUACCUGUAGAACAGAUGGGAGAAGACAUCUACCUGAACUUGUUGCUGCCUCAGGUGGUGAUGUUGGUCUUUCUCUGGAAGAUGCUUCCCUCACUCCAGCUGAGAGCACCUGUACCCCAGUUUGCCAAUCCCCACCUGUCCUGACUCCUUCAGAAGCACCUUCACAUUCUCCAUCUCCACAGCUUGUGACAGACACUACAUAUCCUCCACCUCUUCUUACUACGAAUGCCCCUUCCCUCCCGGAUUCUUCAUGUAGUGUACCACCCACUCCAUCAUGUCCAUCCCCUCUGUCUGCUAGCACACAAUCUCCUCUUCCAGUUCUUUCCCGUACAGCAUCACCCUCCCAGUCUCUUUCCCCGACCACUGAUGAUCCUUCUGGUUGUGCUUCACCUGGUCCUCCUACUCUGUCCUCCUCCUCAUCCUCCUCCUCUUCUUCUUCUUGUGCUGCCUCAUCCUCGUCUUCCUCAACCUGUUCAUCUCCUCCUCCCUUGUCUGUGGUUUCAUCUAUCGUAUCUCCCUCUUUAAACUCGGAAUCCUCAACAAUGGUGUUUGUUAAACAAGAGAAACUCGAAGAUGAAGCAGUCUCGAAGGAUUCCUUCCAGUCAGGUCAGCAUGACUCUGAAGGUAUUAAUAAGAUUUUUGUGUGCAAUGUUUGUGAAUCGCCCUUUAUGUCUAUGAAAGAACUUGCCAAACACCUGGUGGUGCAUGCCGAAGAAUGGCCCUACAAAUGUGAAUUUUGUGUGCAGCUUUUCCGAGACGCUUCCCAUCUUACAGAUCAUCGCUCCGUGCUUCAUGGAGUGGGGAAGAUUUUUGUUUGUUCCUUGUGCAAAAAGGAGUUUGCUUUUCUUUGUAAUUUGCAACAACAUCAGCAGGACUUGCAUGCUGAUAAAGAGUAUAGUCAUCAUGAAUUGGAAAGCGGGUCCCUCAGGCCACAGAACUUUACUGACCCAACGAAGGCAAAUUUACUCCAAAAUCAGAGAUUGGAUGAGGAGCCCAUGACUCCAGAGGACGAUGGCGAAUUAAAUGACUCUUCUGAAGAGCUGUACACAACAAUUAAGGUUAUGGCUUCAGGGGAAAAGUCUAAAGACCCCGAUGUACGGAUGGGUCUUAAUCAGCACUACCCCAGUUUCAAACCACCGCCCUUUCAGUAUCACAGUAAGAAUCCCUUGGCUAUCGGUACAACGGCAACAAACUUUACAACCCAUAAUAUUCCACAGACUUUCUCUACAGCUAUCCGUUGUACGAAAUGUGGGAAGGGCGUGGACAAUUUGCCUGAGUUACACAAACAUAUAUUAGUAUGCGCAUCAGCAAGCGAUAAAAAAAGAUACACUCCCAAAAAGAACCCCAUCCCCCUGAAACAGACUGUGAUGCCGAAAAAUGGUGUAGGGGUUGUGGUUCUUGAACCUGCCGAGAAAAGUUCAUUCCGAAGAAUGGGCCAACCGAAAAAGCUUAAUUUUACCCUGGAAAUAAGUAAAAUGUCUUCAGGAAAACUCAAACUGGGCGCACUUAAAAGGAAAAACCAGCUCAUUCACAAAGCAAUAUUACAAAAGAAUAAGAAGGCCAAGCAAAAGUCAAGUCUACGAUUUGGCAUGUCUGGUUCUUCUCAUGUUUGCCCGUACUGCAACCGAGAGUUCACCUACAUUAAAAGUCUGGACAAACAUGCCUCAUUCAGUUGUCCAAAAAAGCCACCCUCUCCGUCUACCAAAAAACAAUCUCCUAAAGCCCACAAAAAGGCCUUGUAUGCCAAGAAACACAAAGCCAGCAUUACGCGACGCACAGCAGACGCUGAGAUACAAAUGCAAGCAACAGAAGCACAUUUGGGGAAAACUCGAGCCAGGAGUGUAACGCCCUCGCCUCCUAUCCAGUUACCUACAAUUCCUAUAAAGACUAAGCAAAGUGUAAAAGCUGCCCCUCAGGCCAAGUCCAAGAAGCAGAACUUGCCCAUUGUAAGAAACUCCAGCCCAGUCAGGAUAUCAAAGAGCCAAGCGGCUCACGAUGGGAAAAAAACAAAGAAAACGCCACUUCAGAUCCUACCACCGACCUUCGACAAAGCGCAACGAAAGUUACACCUUAAAAUGCAAAAGAACAAACUGCAGAGCAAGCAGAAGGCGAAGAAGAAAAAGAUGGACAAGUUCCGUGGGAAAUCCCGAGAAAGGACUGGCGGGCCCCGAACCCGAAGCUCUGCAGACGAUGGAAAGCAAGACUCCAGGAGUCUGUAUUAGAUCUGCAUCCUCCAGGACACGAAACGCGUUGGAAUAUCUGCAUCCUCCAGGACACGAAACGCGUUGGAAUAUAUCUGCAUCCUCCAGGACACGAAACGCGUUGGAAUAUCUGCAUCCUCCAGGACACGAAACGCGUUGGAAUAUCUGCAUCCUCCAGGACACGAAACGCGUUGGAAUAUCUGCAUCCUCCAGGACACGAAACGCGUUGGAUAAUCUGCAUCCUCCAGGACACGAAACGCGUUGGAAUAUAUCUGCAUCCUCCAGGACACGAAACGCGUUGGAAUAUCUGCAUCCUCCAGGACACGAAACGCGUUGGAAUAUCUGUUGCAUGAUCACGCUAAGGAAGCACUACACAACCAAAUCCUGAAAAUGCAACUUGGGCUGCAAACUGACAAAACGACGCCCCGCGCGGCUUCCUCGCAGAACACGCAUUAUUUAUUGCCGAUAACUAUUCAUUCCAAUAGGACUGCGGACAUCGAACGUACAUGCUCGUCUUCAGGAGUUCUGUAUUCGACGGAACGACUCGGAACAAAGGAGUUGUGAAUUUUUUAUAAUGUGGACAAAUCUUCAGCAUUCUGAGGUUUUUAUAGAAAAAAAAAACUUUGGCAAUUCAGGGUUUGCAAAUAUUGCUGCAUCUGACAAAAAAACUCCGCCGCGUUCUUUGCGCCCCGAAAUCUGACGUCACGGCGCUUUUCAAUGCCAAGAAUUCCCAGCAUUAGCAGACAGAAUAGUAUUUAAGUCAUAUUAUUAUUAUUAUUAAUAAGUUGUUUUAUCAAAACCCACAUUUUAUACUCAGAGCCGCAUUUUUCCUCCAAGAUACUUUUUCUAAAAAAAACUCUUUUUGGUCUUUACAAAAGUCCCGUCAGUCUUGCGGAGAGACGCCUUCUAACGCACAUCUGUCAUUUGUACUCUGCGCUGUAAGUGAUUGGUCUGUGGAAAAUUAAAAAGGAAAAAAAAAGUUGUUUAUGA